UUUCAGUAAAUCCAUCACCCUGCUUGUCCACUUCCGGCUCUACCUUAGGCGCAAAUAUAAAACCAAACUCGGUCACCAGUUCUAGCUGACCACCUCUACUCUUCUUUGCGAUCCUUCUUGUAAAACACCCCAACUCACAGAUUUUCUGUUUACAUAUAUCCAUGGCUCCAGCAGCAUUGGCACCAUCUUCGGAUUCGAUUAAGCCUAGAGAUGUAUGCAUUGUUGGUGUUGCACGUACGCCAAUGGGUGCACUUCUUGGAUCUCUUUCAUCUUUAUCUGCCACCAAGCUUGGCUCUAUUGCUAUUGAAGCUGCUCUUAAAAGAGCAAACGUUGAUCCAUCAACUGUUCAAGAAGUUAUCUUUGGCAAUGUCCUUAGUGCAAAUUUAGGGCAGGCUCCUGCCAGACAAGCUGCACUAGGUGCAGGAAUACCUAAUUCAGUAGUCUGCACCACCGUUAACAAAGUUUGUGCAUCAGGGAUGAAAGCAACAAUGCUUGCCGCACAAAGUAUCCAGUUGGGCAUCAAUGAUGUUGUUGUGGCUGGUGGCAUGGAAAGCAUGUCCAAUGCACCUAAGUAUAUUGCAGAAGCAAGGUUGACAUCCACUGCCAUUUAUGUUUCUCUUAGCUUUGAACUCAAUCACAAAUUCUCUGAUCAGAUACUAAAAUACAGGAAGGGAUCUCGCUUUGGACAUGAUUCUCUUGUUGAUGGCAUGCUGAAAGAUGGUUUAUGGGACGUCUAUGGUGAUUGUGCCAUGGGAUCAUGUGCUGAAUUAUGUGCAGAUAAACAUACAAUUACAAGAGAGGAGCAGGAUGCCUUUGCCAUCCAGAGCUUUGAGCGAGGAAUUGCUGCCAAAGACGCUGGUGCCUUUGCAUGGGAAAUUGUUCCGGUUGAAGUUUCUGGUGGAAGGGGAAAGCCAUCAACAAUUGUUGACAAGGAUGAAGGCCUAGGAAAGUUUGAUGCUGCCAAAUUAAGGAAGCUCCGUCCUAGUUUCAAGGAGAGCGGAGGUUCUGUUACUGCUGGCAAUGCUUCAAGUAUAAGUGAUGGUGCUGCUGCUUUAGUUUUAGUGAGCGGAGAGACGGCAGUAAAACUUGGGCUGCAGGUGAUUGCAAAGAUCACAGGGUAUGCUGAUGCUGCACAGGCGCCAGAGUUCUUUACUACUGCUCCAGCUCUUGCAAUUCCUAAAGCUAUAUCAAAUGCUGGUUUGGAGGCAUCUCAAAUUGAUUUUUAUGAAAUAAAUGAAGCCUUUGCUGUUGUGGCUCUUGCGAAUCAGAAACUGCUUGGACUUAAUCCUGAAAAAGUGAAUGUGCAUGGUGGAGCUGUAGCCUUGGGACAUCCUCUAGGUUGUAGUGGAGCACGCAUCUUGGUCACACUGUUGGGGGUAUUGAAGCAGAAAAAUGGGAAAUGCGGUGUUGGUGGUGUUUGCAACGGAGGAGGCGGUGCAUCUGCCCUUGUUGUAGAGCUUGUAUGAGUCUUUUCAGGUUGGGCCUUUGAUAUGAAGUUGGGAGCUUCUCGUUGAAGAUGAAACUCUGUUGUUGAGGCAUCUAAGCUCAAUGUUUUGCAAAAUUACCCACAGUUAUACUUUUUACUAGAAUAAACCAUAAGUGUAUUUAGCUUUUAAGAGGAAUGUAUUUAUUAAAAUAAUGUUGUACACCCAAAAUCUCCUUCUCUCUUUAAUUUCCUCUAUUUGUGCUACCGAAUUCAUACUGUGUACUACUUUUUUUUACCAAUGGGAAGAAGAUGAGAAAAUAUAAAUAAAAAAGACUUGCUAGCAAUGUUUUGGUAAAGCUGGUUGUAACUUGUGCAAUGACUGGAGAGCCAGAUUGUGAGUUGAAUUCAAUUGCUCUACCAUCAGGCCAAUUACUCAGGUCCUAUCUCUCUAUUCAAGUCGCACGUAAAUUGUAGUGGAAUAGAGACAGAACUGGGUUAGAAGAAUUCCUCAACGUCUUCUAACCCAUGCUUUACGUCGGGUUUCUAAUUCUAACCCAGGGGGCUGUAAAUUUUCAAACAAGGAUACCAGAGUGAAAAUGAGGAAGUGGAAGCUGGGCGAGUGCUAGGAUCAAAAGCACAAAGGGUGGGUUGAUUUUCAGUGUGUCCAAGCGGUUGUAUUAACAAGUGAACCCAUGCAUCAAUAGCGAGGAUGCAUUGAGUCAAUUCUUAAAAGGUGUGUCUAGAACAAUAACAGAGAUGUUUGAGGCUUGAGCGUCACACGUUACUCUUAAAUUUGUAUUCGUAGAUUGGCAACAUGUGAAUGCCAUAAUAGGGGAUCAUGUGUUGAUUCUCAGUGCGGUGGUACUGACAACUGAACCCAUGGAUCGAUACAUCUAUACAAUACAUGCAAGUGUCGACUGCCAUGAGCAACAAAGAUGUGCGACUGUGAGACUUAUAAGCGUAGCUUGGACGAUACUUGAGCGUCACACGUUAGUCUGAUUGCAACUCUACAUGGUUAUAUUUACAGGUUGACGCCGUGCUAAGGCGUGUGUUGCUCGAUAUGCCCCAAAAAAAAACUCUAUGAACAAGAGCUGAUUUAAGCCUUGUGAUGGGAAAGCAGAGAUAGGGAGAGGGAUGAGUCCAGUGGGCAGAUUGGAAAGAGAUAAAAGAUCACUGUUCAGAAGGUAGAAAAGCUUACAAUUGCGUGUAUCUAUCCAACACAUGGUCUCAUCUAAUCCAAUGAGGCCAGUGUCACUGUUGCCUGUUGGUGCGCUUCGCUGGAAGUACCAAACAGCGUCAGUGGUCCCCACCAACAUUUGAACUCUCCCUACAUGAUAUAGUAAGGCACGUUGUCCGGACUCCGCUCCAUUGGCGUGGCCCACACCUAGUCUCUCUCUCUCUCUCUCUCUCUGAGGAAAGAGUAGGUAAAGGAAAAAGGAAAAGCGAAGGAAACAUCCAUCAAGCAAAAGACCAGGACGGUAGAAAGAGGAAGCCACAGAAUUCUCUCCAUCCCAUUCAUGGUGGUACGAUCAUCCAACAGACAUAUAUACUUUAAGAAUUAUGUGUACAUGACUACACUUCUACCAUAUACCUAUACGUCUUGAAAAGGAUGGACCAUUGCCAAAGUUUGGGGAAUGGGAUGUCAAUGACCCAGCCUCGGCUGAGGGAUUCACAGUAAUAUUCAACAAGGCUCGAAAUGAGAAAAAGACAGGUGGCAAGGUUGACUCACCACCAAAGGAUGACUCAAAAUAUAAGCAUGGAGCAGUUCUUGGGAAACCUCAUUCC